AGACAAAGAAGAUUACAAAGAAAUUAAAUGUGUUUUCUGUGAACAAGUAUUUCGCAAGAAAAAGUUGAAUGCAUUUCAAUCGCGACUGCAUAUUGUCGAGACCUGCGACAAGUGUCCGAAAGAUAUCAGAGAUAAGGAAAACAUUUGGCGMCCGAAAUCGCGRAUCAAUAUUUGGCAACAUUUCAAUGUUACGGGUGUUGAAGGUAUCGAUUGGUGCGCUCUGUGUCGCUAUUGUGGCCACAAAUAUCAGCACAAAAAUGCAACAAAAGCCCGAAAACAUUUACUAUUCAAUUGUAGYUCAAUUCCCGACGAUAGCAAACAGUCGAUCAGGAAAAGCUAUUUGGCAAAGACGACAGCGGCUAAUGCGCUGCUGAAGACAACUGAAUCAUCGUUGAUGUCUGUGACCAACAACGAUGAUAACAUGGAUGACGAUAAUAACAUUAGUGGUAGUAGUGGCCAAACAAAAGAUCCAAAUGAAAUCCAUUGGACAGAUGGUUAUGUUGAUGUCAAUACUACUACUACUAACACCACCGCCGAUGAAAUGGAUGGCGAGUUGGUUACCGCUGAUAAUAGUGGUGGUGGUGUUGAUGAGGAUGAAACUCCAGACGAUUCCACCGAACGGCUACAACUAGUUCUACCRCCAGUUAGACACAAGUCGACUGUCGAUGUCUGGAUUCAUUAUAUGCUUUUGGGAAACAAAUGUUGUGUUUGUAAAUACUGUGGACACAAAUAUUAUACGAAAAAUGCUACCAAAUGUCGCACACAUUUGCUACAGAAUUGUCCGAAUAUCGAUAAAGACAUCAAACAGUCCAUCAUUGAUGAACACAUGAAAAAUGUGGAAAAGAAUGACAGUUGCUAUUUGUCGCCGAAAACCAAUAACAACAACAAGAAUACGGAUAGAGUGUUGUCGUCAUCGGGAGUUAAACCGAAAUCACGUGUUUGGGAUCACUUUAACGAAGAGUAUGACCAAAAGGGAACAAUUGUCCGCAGAUGUAAAUACUGUGACCGCGCGUUCACUGCAGGUGUCAAUCGUAACGCUACGAAAAUGCGCUAUCAUUUGGCACUGUAUUGUACGUCGAUCGACGAGCCGACCAAACAGUUGCUUAUUGGCGAUAAUAACGGCGUAUUUAUCCGUAAACCUGUUCGCCUGCCGGGCGGUGUCCGCCGACACAAGUCGUCRAACGGCGGUUCGAAAGUAUGGGACUGCUGUUGGCCCGGUUGUGACAAAAAGUUUUCCAAACAUUGCCAAAUGAUUACCCACCAUCGGGUGCACACUGGGGAACGGUAUCAUUGCGAUUGGCCAGGUUGUGAGUGGUCGGGCAAAUCGAAAAACUAUUUGAAUCUCCAUAAGUUUACUCAUUCCGGAGAAAAACCGUUUGUUUGUGAUUGGCCCGGAUGUGACUUCAAAUCCAGUCGACCCGCAAGUCUACGCAUACAUAAGAUGCGACACAAUAACGAAUUGAACUACCGGUGCGAUUGGCCAGACUGUACCCGUGUGUUUCUGACCAAUUCGCAGCUAAAAGUCCAUCGAUUGGUCCAUUCGGGCGAUCGGCCGCACGCCUGUCAACUGUGCGACAAACGUUACCCGACAUUCAAUAAACUAAAAGUACAUCAAAACAAACAGCACCCGAACCAGGAAACAGUUUAAUCAUAUMUAUAUAUAUUUAACAGUAAUUUUUAUUCAAAUAUUUUUUUUAAUAUACUAAUUAUGUAAUUAUAUAUUAGUAGUAGU